AUGCCACAGAAGAAGGGUUUCCGUAUGCGACGCACACCCAAGGCUGCCCAAGCUAUUGACUGUGCAGUUGUGCCAAAAGGUAGGGACGAAGUAUCUUCACUGUCACCAGUGGAGGUACCAACAGGUGGGUUACAAAAGGUGGUAAAAGGGUCAUUUCAUCAAGGUAAUACAAGGUUUAAGUAUGCAGGAACACAGUGUAUGGCGAUUGCCUUAUGUGUCACUGCUUUACACAGUAUUAAAAAUGUCUUGUUGUGGGAUACUGCUGAUCUAGACAUGGCUGUUGUUGAAGGCGAUCAGUUGUAUACUACUCUAAGGGAACAUCACGUAAUUCAUCACCCAUCCCACUUUUUGUGUGCCACAGAAUUGCCCAAACAGGAGGUGAUUGCUGGACACAAAUUUGAGUUUUGUGUGAAGGAUGAUUAUGCUUCAGGUGAUGUCAAUGUAGUUUCUGGCUAUUAUAUUGAAAACGGAAUUCACGUCACUCUGCAUGAUGCUUUACAAACAAUGUUUAGCAAGUACAGCACAUGCAUUUUUACGGUCUGUCAAAGUAGUUGUGCCAUAAUUUGUGAUGCUGGUCAGUAUUGUCUGGUGGAUUCACACUCGCGCAGCUGUAAUGGCAUGGUGUGCAGUGAUGGAACCAGUGUUGUUCUGUGUUUUCGUAGUCUUGAUGAUCUUGCUAAUCACAUUAGCAAUUUGGCUGCAGUUAAAACAUCUAGCAUCACAAAGUAUAGAAGUGACAGCUUGCACAGGGACAGAGUCAAGACACGUAGCGUCCAGAAGUAUGAAAGUGACAGCGAGCACAGGGUCAGAGUCAAGACACGUAGCGUCCAGAAGUAUGAAAGUGACAGCGAGCACAGGGUCAGAGUCAAGACACGCAGCGUCCAGAAGUAUAAAAGUGACAGCUUGCACAGGGACAGAGUCAAGACACGUAGCGUCCAGAAGUAUAAAAGUGACAGCUUGCACAGGGACAGAGUCAAGACACGUAGCGUCCAGAAGUAUGAAAGUGACAGCUUGCACAGGGAAAGAGUAAAGACACGUAGCGUUCAGAAGUAUGAAAGUGACCGCUUGCACAGGGAAAGAGUCAAGACACGUAGCGUCCAGAAGUAUGAAAGUGACAGCUUGCACCGGGAAAGAGUCAAGGCGCAGAGCGUCAAAAAAUAUAAAGUAGAUACAACGCACCAGGCCAUUGUCAAACUUGCCAGUAUACAGAAGUAUCACAGUAACUUGGAGCACAAAAUGCGUGUAAUGGCAGAUGUGAAGGUUCGAAGGCAUGCUGCAAAGUUGCGAGAGGAAGAAUUCAAUGUUGUUGUAGAGAAUUUUUUAGAGAAAGUGAAGAAUGGGCCCCAGUUUGUCUGCUGUGUGUGCCAUAGGUUGAUGUUUAAACAUCAGGUCCUGCAGUGUCACAGAGAGCAUUACAGCAAAAGUAGUGCAAGUGCUUCUCUUGUGAACAUGUGCAUUAAUGAGCAGUAUUUGCACAAAUGUGAUGUAGAGUGCACAGUACCAUGUGUGUUGGUGGAGUCUGGUAGAGGGCAGCUGUGGAUUUGCUACAGUUGCCAUUAUAAACUUAGCAAAGGGGAAUUCCCACCUGAAUGUGUUGCCAAUAAUUUGAGUGUGGACCCGAUUCCUCCUGAGCUGGCUUGCUUAAACAGCUUAGAGCAACACUUAAUUGCACUAAAUAUCCCCUUCAUGAAAAUGCUAGCUUUGCCUAAAGGGGGGCAAAAUGGUGUCCAUGGGCCUGUGACUUGUGUUCCGGCCAAUGUAGUUGAAACGACAGAUUUGUUGCCACGGUCCAAUAUGGAAGGCUCUAUGCUCCGUGUCAAGCUGAAAAGAAAGUUAACUUACAAAGGACACUAUGAGUACCAUUUUGUAGACAGCAUGCACAUUCGAGAAGCGCUGAGGUAUUUAAAAGAGUCAAAUGUGCAUUAUGAAGAUAUAGAGUACAACGAGGAGUGGGUCAAUGACUUUUGUAGGGAACCUGAUGCCUCUCAGGUGGAGGACAGUGUUCCUGCUGUAGAUGUCACACCGCCUCUAGAUACAGAAGAUGAACAGCUCCAUGAUAGACAGCAACACUGCAUGUUUCAGGACACAUGUUUAAUGCCAGUUGACAUUGGUCAGGAAGUGUUGGAUCAGUACUAUGACAAUAUAUUGAAUGUGGCUCCGGCAGAAGGCAAUAAUCCUGUGAGGUUGCUUUCUGACCAUUCAAAUGAAGCUAGAUGUUUCCCUGUGUUGUUUCCACGUGGCCGUUUUACAUUUCAUGAUACACGGCAAUAUAGACUGACUGCAUCUAGAUAUUUUAAUAAUCGUGUCAUGCAUGCUGAUAAGAGGUUUGGGCAGAAUGUGGAAUACAUAUUCUAUGCCCAGUAUUUGUGUGAACUUCUGCAGGUAGUGUCGAGCAUUUCCAUUGCUUUACGCAAAGGAAUUGCUGGUUUGGUGUCAAAAAUGGCCAAGGAUUUGUUGACCAACGAUGAGUCGUUAAAGACAUUGUUGGAAUGUGACCAGGGCUAUCGUUUUUUGAAGCCCAUCAGAGGCACUCCAGCCUUUUGGCAGAGUACGCAGCGCGAUAUUUUGGCGUGUGUGCGUCAGCUUGGUGUUCCCACGUGGUUUUGCUCCUUUUCGUCUGCAGAUUUACGGUGGCAAAACUUGUUAGACUGUGCUUUGAGACAAGAGGGAAGAACGCAAACAGCUGCAGAGUUGGAGUGGGCUGAUAGGUGCGACUUGUUGCGACGCAAUCCUGUGACUGCUGCACGUAUGUUUGAUUUCCGGUGGCAUGUUUUUCUGAAAGAGGUGAUAAUGUCUUUGAGCCAACCGAUUGGCAAAGUUGUGGACUAUUUUUACCGGGUCGAGUUUCAACAGCGUGGUUCUCCACAUGUCCACUGUUUGUUCUGGGUAGACAAAGCCCCGAAGAUUGAUGUAAACACUGAUGAGGAAGUUACUGACUUUAUUGAUAGAUACGUCACCUGUGAAUUGCAGACACAGGAUGAAGUAUUGUCAGACACGGUGUCUUCUGCUCAGCAGCAUUCAAAGCGACAUUCCAAAACAUGUAAAAAGAAAAAUACCACGUGUCGUUUUGGUUUUCCUAAACCUGUGUCUGGCCGAACAUUUAUUAGCCGUCAGUUUGAGGGACAGGGAGACAAAACGUGCAGUUGCCAGGGUAGCCAAACUGGCAUUAAAACAUGCACAUGUCCGAAAGUCUCCAAAAAUUCUGUAGACAUGAAAGCAGAAGAGGCAUCAGAAAUCAUAAAAUCCAUAAAAACAGCCCUGGCUGACGAGAACCACACUUAUCAAAGUGUGGAACAUUUGUUCCAUAGUCUGGGUAUAACCCAAGAAAUUUUUGAGACUGCACACCGCCGCUUGGGUCGGCGUACAGAGGUCAUAAUAAGGCGCCAAAUAAACGAAAUUUGGAUCAAUCCGUACAGCAAACCUCUGCUGAAAUGCUGGAAUGCAAACAUGGACAUCCAGUAUGUAGUUGAUGCAUAUGCCUGCGUAGUGUACAUCAUUUCGUACAUUUCCAAAGCUGAAAGGGAGAUUGGAUUGCUGCUGAGUAAUGCCCAGAAAGAAGCAUCCAAACAGGCAAACGUCAGUGCCAAAGAGGCCUUAAAAAGUCUUGGCAGUGUGUACCUGCACAAUAGAGACGUUUGUGCACAAGAGGCCGUUUACCGGCUGACAAAUAUGCACCUUAAAGAAUGCUCACGUAAAGUUGUCUUUGUUCCAACAGGGGACAAUGUAGUUAAAAUGAGUUUACCUGUCAGUGUCUUGCGACAAAAAGCGGCAUCAGCGGAACUAACAACAGAGGACAUGUGGAUGACCAGCAUUGUUGAUCGCUAUAAAAAUCGACCAAAUAACAACACCUUUAAUGACAUGUGCUUGGCGCAAUUUGCAUCCGAAUACCGUCUUGUCACCAAAAACGAAAGGCCGAAAUCCAAAAUAGAACUGAAAAAUAAUUACGGACAUGUGACCAAACGUACACGGACCAAACCUGCCGUAGUACGCUCUGCGUGUUUUUCCCAAACAAAAAACCCAGAGUUAUACUAUCGUAGCCUUUUGCAGUUGUAUCUGCCAUACCGGGUGGAUUUGCAGUUAAGACCUGCCAACUGCCCAACAUUUGAAGAGUUUUACAACAACGGUGCAAUCAGAUUAAAUGACGGGUCGAUGCAUUCUGUCCGAUCCAUCGUGGAUGUAAAUCAACAACACUUUGACAGUAGCGGGGAUGAACUGGACAGCAUCCAAAGAUCUAUUGAUCACAGCGGUGUUGCUGAGGAUGCGUGGUGUCUGUUGUGUCCCGAACAAGAAUUAGAACGGCUACAGUGUGAAGAAGAGCGUCAGAAAAAACAUCAAUUAGUAGAAGAAGAGGCAGAAAUAAUACCUGAUUUGGCAAAUGAAAAUAGACCAGCUCUAAAUAUCCAAAAACAAAACUCAUUGAGUCGAAAUGAUGGCUUGGCAUUGAUCCGCUCCCUAAAUAAUACUCAAAUGGACAUUUUUUACAAAAUUAGACAGUGGUGCCUCGAGAAAGUAGGUGGGAGAAAACCCGAGCCAUUACAUUUAUUCAUCACAGGUGGUGCCGGGACAGGAAAAAGCCACCUAAUUAAAGCCAUCCAUUAUGAGGCUACCAGGUUGUUGUCAACAAUGUGUCGGCAACCCGACAACAUUUCUGUAUGUCUGACGGCUCCGACAGGUAUUGCUGCGUACAACCUGAAUGCCACAACCAUCCACAGCACCUUGAGCAUUGGCAAGGAUACCCGUUUGCCUUACACACCACUGGGUGAGGAAACGGUGAAUUCCUUGCGUGCCAAGUUUGUGGACCUCCAAAUUUUGAUAAUCGACGAAAUAUCAAUGGUAGAUCACAAGUUGUUGACAUACAUUCAUGGUAGGUUGCGACAGAUCAAACAAACUGGAGACUAUGCUGCUUUCGGCAACGUCAGCAUCAUUGCAGUAGGUGAUUUCUACCAGUUGCCGCCAGUCAAGGGAAAACCUCUCUACGUCGAAGAUGCCACUUUUAACUUGUGGACCAGUCUCUUUCGUGUGGUCGAACUCACAACGAUUGUGCGUCAAAAAGAUAAUGUAUUUGCAGCAUUGCUAAAUAGACUACGCAAACAGCCAAAAGGCGCGGCGUUGUUAGAAACAGAUGUCGCACUUCUAAAGCAGCGGGAAACGGGUGAAGUCAGCACCGCAUUACACAUUUUCCCAACCAAUCGGCAAGUUAAUGAAUACAACUUAAACCAGCUUUUCAAAAUAUGCCCGCAGUACACAACAGUGAAAGCUCAGGAUUACAGCCAUAACAAAAAAUCAGGAAAAUUAGAAAAAAAAGUAGGGCACCACAGCAAAGUUUACAACACGUGUUUAGAGGAAACUCUGCACAUCGCUAAAGAUGCACGUGUAAUGCUUUGCAAAAACAUCGAUAUUGAAGACGGCCUAGUUAACGGGGUUUGUGGCACCGUCUGUGACAUAGAUAUCCAAAAGGAUGACACAUUUCCCAGUAGGAUCUAUGUUAAAUUUGAUGAUGACAAAGUAGGCAGACAAAGGCGCGCACAAACAGUUAGUGAAUCGAUCACACGAAAAGGCAGUACAUUUAUUGUGCCAGAGGAAGAAAAAGUAACUAAAAGUGGUGGCAUGCGUCACCAGUUCCCUCUGAAGCUCGCUUGGGCUUGCACGGUACAUAAAGUCCAGGGUGUUACCGUGAGCAAUGCAGUUGUGUGUCUGGACAGGGUGUUUGCCGCAGGGCAGGCAUAUGUAGCCUUGAGCCGGGUCACAGGUUUAACCGGUUUGAUUAUUCAGGACUUCGAUGAAGCAAAAAUAUAUUGUAAUGAUGCCAUUAAGGAUGCUGUAGGAAGGAUGCCCCCAUUUUUGACAGAAAGUGAAACACCACACAAUGUACAACCACCACAUUUCACAAUUUACUUGAUGAAUGUCCAAAAUUUGACAAAACAUGCGUCAGAUUUGGCAGCAUGUACACAGCACCUGCAGCCUAACUGCAUCGCUGUGACGGAAACGUGGCUGCCAACGGCAUGUACACCCAGCAGUGUAACCAUUCCUGGGUACUAUUUCCAUAGCCAACCACGAUGUUUGUCUUACUCCAGCAGUAACCCUGCUUUGGUAGAAUUACAAGGGCAACAGCAUGGCGGAGUUGGCAUGUACAUUGCAGACCACCUGCACUGUAGUGUUGUCUCCGCCCCAAACUUCAACUUGGAAGUUUUACUGGUGAACUGCUCCGCACCCAGUGUGUUAAUAGCAGUUGUGUAUCGACCACCGUCCUAUCCAAUGGCGUUGUUUCAAGGUCACCUUGGCACGCUGCUGGAUUGGUUGCACCAAAAGUACGCCAGCGUUGUCAUACUGGGAGAUUUUAAUGAAAAUUUGUUAAAAUCUUCCACUAUCAGCACAUUCAUGGCUAGGAAAGGGUUCUGCCAGUCAGUCAAACAUCCUACCACAGAAAAGGGUACAUUAAUUGACCAUGUAUAUGUCAAAACAUCACACUUUGAUGUAGAAUCGGUUGUGAUGCCCACCUAUUUCAGUGAUCAUGAAGGGAUUUUGUGCUCUUUUAAACGCCAAAUUUAA